UACGCUUAACCAAAAAAAUACAACAUUUCUUUCAUUGCUAAUUAAAAUUAUUCUUCAAAAAUGUGCAAUGUUGGUCUCAAUGGUUUUGGUCGAAUUAGUCGAAUGGUUCUUAGAGCUUCGUUUGAUAAAAAUGUUAAAAUAGUUGCAAUUAAUGAUCCAUUUGCAAAUGUGGAUUACAUGGCCUAUUUAUUUAAAUACGAUUCUUCGCACAAUAAAUUUAAUGGUGAAAUUAAAACCGAAAAUAAUUGUCUUUUCAUAAAUGGUAAUAAAAUUCAUAUCUUUAAAGAGACAGAACCGAAAAAUAUUCCCUGGAAAAAUGCUCAAGCGGAAUAUGUAAUUGAAUCAUCAGGUGGAUUUACUAGCAUUAAAAAAGCUUCGGAUCAUUUGACAGGAGGAGCGAGAAAGGUGAUAAUUUCAGCACCAUCCGAAGAUGCGCCAAUGUUUGUUGUUGGCGUCAAUCAUAAUUCCUAUGAUCCUAGCCUAAAUAUCGUUUCCAAUGCUUCAUGCACAACCAAUUGUCUUGCUCCCCUAGCUAAAGUAAUAGAUGAUAAUUUUCAAAUUGCCGAAGGACUGAUGACAACUAUUCACGCAGUUACUUCGACACAAAAAACUGUAGACACACUCUCGGGCAAAGACUGGCGAUCAGGACGCGGUGCUUUGCAAAAUAUAAUUCCAGCCUCAACUGGAGCGGCAAAAGCUGUGGGAAAAAUAAUUCCAUCAUUAAAUGGAAAAUUGACGGGAAUGGCAUUUCGUGUUCCAGUGGCAAAUAUUUCGGUGAUUGACUUAACGGUGCGACUCUGCAAGGCAACAAAUCUUGAUGAGAUUAAAAAUAAAAUUAUGGAAUCAACAUGUGCCGGAAGUCCGCUUCAUGGAAUUCUCAGUUACACUAAUGAGGAUGUUGUUUCAUCUGAUUUUAUGACCAGCUCCUAUUCCAGUGUUUUUGAUGCCAAAGCCAGUAUUGCAUUGAAUGAAAAAUUCGUCAAACUUGUAGCCUGGUAUGAUAACGAGUAUGGUUACUCGGUACGAAUGCUUGAUCUCAUAAAAUUUAUGCAAAGCAAAAAUUAAUUUAACAAUAAAAAUAAAUACAUUUACUUACUACGGUUUUUAACAGUACCUAGUUCUAAAAUUUUAAUUUCUUCUAUACCGAAAAUAUUCAAUAAUAAUACCAAAAGAAAAAAGAAAAUUUAUAGA